UACCCGUGGUUAGCACCAGCGAUCUCAGUUGGCAGUAGAGCUUCGUUCGUUCGGUCACAAGGACCUGUCUGUCCCAGUUUUCCUUCCGGGCGAUACUUACGCGACCACAUUCCAAUCGCGCGUUCGUAAAAUACGUGUCUUUAACAAAUGAGGACAAAAAACUUUUAGUGUGUUCUAAAUUGAAACAUUUGUCCGGGGACCAAAGAUGGGAUGGAAAAGGGAUGCUGUUCGAGUGGUUCUUCUGUUAACGAUAGUUGGAGCAACAUGGGCACAACAAUCUCCGGAUGCAGGCUAUUUGUCUGGAGAGGAUGCGACAAACCGAAGUGAGUUAGAAUCACGGGAAGGUGGACCGGAAUUGGAAUUUCGGUAUCAUGACCAUGAUCAGAUGACGAGAUACCUGCGCGCAGUAUCCGCUAGCUACCCCGCCCUGACUGCGCUCUACUCUAUUGGAAAGUCUGUACAAGGUCGCGAUCUGUGGGUGAUGGUGGUAUCAGCAUCACCAUAUGAACACAUGAUCGGCAAACCAGACGUCAAAUACGUAGCGAAUAUUCAUGGCAACGAGGCUGUAGGGAGAGAAUUGCUUCUGCAUCUUAUUCAGUACUUGGUUACAUCAUAUGAAAAUGAUUCGUAUAUCAAAUGGUUACUAGACAACACACGAAUCCACCUAAUGCCAUCCAUGAACCCGGAUGGUUACUCCAUAUCUUCUGAAGGACAAUGCGACACCAUUCACGGCAGACAUAACGCUCGCCGAUAUGACUUGAACCGCAAUUUCCCGGACUUCUUCAAAGCGAACACAAAACAACCCCAACCGGAGACGGAGGCCGUGAAGGAAUGGAUUAGCAAGAUCCAGUUUGUACUUUCUGGAUCUCUGCACGGAGGUGCACUCGUAGCGUCCUAUCCAUUUGAUAAUACACCAAGUUCUACUCCUUGUUUUCCAUGCUGCCUCUUAGGAAUAUGCAGGUCUUCCAUACUGUGUUCAGUGUUUCAAAGCUACGCGCACUCGCCUUCCAUCGCGCCAGACGACGACGUGUUCCGCCAUCUAGCGCUGGUCUACUCAAACAAUCACGCCAAGAUGUCCCGCGGGGUGUCUUGCAAGAGCGGCUCCCCGAGGUUCGAGAAGGGCAUCACUAACGGAGCGGCUUGGUAUCCACUCACUGGGGGCAUGCAAGAUUAUAACUACCUAUGGCACGGCUGUAUGGAAAUUACGCUAGAAAUAUCUUGUUGCAAGUAUCCUCCCGCACACGAGCUCGCCAAGUACUGGCAAGAUAAUAAGCAGUCCCUCAUUAAAUAUCUGGCGGAGGCGCACCGCGGCGCGCACGGCUUCGUAAUGGAUGACAGCGGCAGUCCGGUGGAGCGCGCCGCCGUCCGCGUGAAGGACCGCGAGGUCACGUACCACACCACCAAGUACGGAGAGUUCUGGCGCAUUCUGUUACCUGGACGUUACCGGCUCGAGGUGUCCGCGGAAGGCUAUCUGCCGCAAGAAGUUGAAUUCUUUGUAAUUGAUAGUCACCCGACUCUGUUAAACGUCACAUUACAUUCUGCCAAACGUAUAGACGGUGGACCAUACUACCGGCCGGCUGGGCCUCCCCGCCCGCCCCCCGCACCCGCGCCCUCUCCUGGACUCUUUUCCACUUUCACCAACUCUAUUAAUAAUUUCGUCUCUAGUAUCUUUGGAUAAGAAUUAAGAAUGUAAUGAGAAUUUAUAAAAUGUUAUCGGUAUGAAAGACAUUUCCAAAAUAUACUAAAUAUUACACCUACCGAUUAGAUAUAAGUUAAAAUGUCAGUUAGGAUCUCUAUAGGGUAGAUAUUUAUCAAAUUUAGGGUACAUAUUCUAAAAUUUAUUUACUACUUGCAAAAUACAAGAAUUUUAGAAAGCAUUCUGCUUCUCAACGCUGAGUAAGGCUUUUAUUUACCUUAAUUCAGACUUCAUUUUGACUUGUGCUAAUAAUCUGAUUAAUUUUGACGAAUCUAAUUUAUAGUAAAUAUGAUAUAAAUAAUUGGAAAUUGAAUAAGUUUGAUUUGUUCCACUUUAGAAGAAUAUUUGUAAAGUUACAUACGCCAAUUCGUAAAAAAUGGAUAAAAACGUUUAGAAUAAGUUUAAACUAAUGUCAUUUCAAUUUAUUUAGCUUAAAACUGGCCUGAUUUAUUGAUUCAUACUACAAAUCUUUUACUAAAUCAAGUUUCAGAAUUUAUUAGCAAAAUAUUUAUUGGUAUUAUAGACAUCUUGAAGUAGCAUAAUAAAUAUGUAUAUAUAGAACUCAAUGUAAGUUAUUUUUAAUAUUUAUUUAAAAUUACUCUUAAACAUACUAUUAAGUGCUGAUUCAAAUGCAUAGUACGAGUAUAAAACGUGCUUAUUAUUCCGUAUUCCUAUUCUUAUAAAUUGUAUGAAAAACUGCGUCUUCGCUUAAGGGACCACUGUAACAUCACGUUGUUAUCUGAACUUGGCUCAACCGGUAAAACCGGAGCUAUAGAAUUAAUUUACUCUUCAUUAAGUACAGUAUUAUCGAAAGUGAUAAGUGAAUAAAUACUACCACAUAUA